UCAAAAUGCUUUGACGUGUCCCGUAUUUGGGGUAAUUCAAUUUUCAAGUGUUUCUCUAUUUUAUGUGAUGAAUUCGUAAUUCUAGUAGUGUUUUGUGAUAUAAAUAGAAAUAAGGGACAGAUAUAAAAUGGAUUUUUUGAAGAGCGGCUUAAAAACCGUGCUGGGGGCUCCCGAGCCUGGUCACCAACCAUCGGGCGCAGAAACCGUGGAGCGGCUGGUGGACCGUGUGACCAACUCCACAUUACUAGAAGACCGACGAGACGCGUGCCGAGCACUGAAGGCCAUGUCCCGCAAGUACCGUGUCGAGGUUGGUGCACAGGGCAUGGAUACUCUAAAGCAGGUUCUAGAACUAGACAGAGCAGACAAUGAAACAAUAAACUACGCUCUAGACACCUUAAACAACGUCAUGUCUCCAGCCCAGUUUGAAGAGGAGGAAGACAACCCGCACGUACCCAUGAACAUCGGGGAACAGUUCACUGAAAUGUUCAUCAAAGACCCACACAACAUACAACUGGUGUUGGACCUACUAGAUGAAUACGACUUCAGAGUCAGACUAUCAACUGUGCAGUUGCUAACAUCACUCCUAACCAAUAGACCAAAAGACAUCCAAGAAAUUAUCCUAGUCAAACCGAUGGGAGUAUCCAAAAUGAUGGACUUACUAGGAGACACAAGAGAAGUGAUACGUAACGAAACUUUAUUAUUACUUAUAAAAUUAACAAAAGGGAACGCUAAUAUACAGAAGAUAGUUGCCUUCGAAAACGCAUUCGAUAGACUGUUUGAAAUAGUUUCAUCUGAGGGUUAUUCUGAUGGUGGGAUCAUUGUAGAGGACUGCUUACUUCUUAUGUUGAACUUGUUAAAGAAUAACAGUAGUAAUAUUAACUUUUUCAAAGAAGGCAGUUAUAUACAGAAAAUGCUGCCGAUGUUCAAUACACCUGACGAGUCUGAGGAGCUAGGAUGGUCACCACAGAAGGUGUCCAAUGUCCACUGCAUGCUGCAAAUAGUGCGUACCUUAGUAUCACCUAGCAACUCAGCGCAUAUAAUAUCAAGUUGUCAGAAGAUAAUAAAGAAUGUUGGGUUGUUGGAAGGGCUGUGUAACAUUCUGAUGGCGAGUGGGGUCCCGGCAGACAUAUUGACGGAGACUAUAAACACUGUUGGGGAGGUUGUGCGGGGGGAUGUGACCAAUCAGGACUACCUGGGCAAUGUGAUGGCGCCGUCGAACCCGCCGCGACCGGCCAUUGUGGUGCUGCUAAUGUCUAUGGUCAAUGAGAAACAGCCGUUUUCUUUAAGAUGCGCAGUGCUCUACUGUUUCCAGUGCUACCUGUACCACAACGAAAUGAGCCAAGCGGGCUUAGUCCAAACUUUACUUCCAUCGUCAACCGACGUGUCCAGUCUGACAAGCGGUCAGUUGCUCUGUGGCGGGCUAUUUAGCUCUGAUGCCCUGUCUAACUGGUUCGCGGCCGCGGCGCUGUUAAGAGCUCUGUGUGAUAAUCCUGUGCAAAAGGAACAGUUGCUAAGGGUGUUGCUAGCAACGAAUAUCGGAAGUUCGCCAGUAACGUUGCUGCAUCAAUGUACGUUGUUGCUGCAACAGACUACUAAGUUGCAGUCUAAGGUAGCUCUCCUAAUGCUCCUAUCGCAAUGGAUGAGUUACUGCCCGCCGGCUGUGAGCGCGUUCCUCAAGGUCCCCGGCGGUGUGGGCUUCCUCGUCAACCAGACGUGCUCCAACGAGCACGACGAGAACGAAUGCCUGCUGCAGGGGCUCUGCGCCUUCCUGCUCGCCAUCUGCAUACACUUCAACGAUGAUUCAGUUGAGAAUUACUCGAAGGAUUCCUUGAAGCAGCUGCUUGUUAAACGGAUAGGCAUGGAGACGUUCGUAGCGAAGUUGAGCGAGGUGUCCAAGCACGAGCUGUACAACAAGGCGGCCAAGCACCCGCAGCUGAGGGUCAAGUCCUCCGCCGAGAUCCUCAUUGACUACGAGUUCUGCAGGCUCUUCAAAGUUCUAGAGAGUAUCCUAGUCCACAGUCUAACGGAGAAGCAGGAGAACGGAAUCGGCGAGACGGACCGCGCGACGCCGGAGUCGGACACCUUGGAGCAGUACAAGACGUUGAUCAGACAACAAGACGGGAGGUUGCAAGAGCUGAUGACCCAGGUGGACGCGCUCAUACAGCAGAACCAGGCGCUGCAGGGCGCUCUGGGUGACUCCCAGGCGUCGAACUCGCUCCUCAAGGAUGAGAACACGUUGCUCAAGGCGCAAGUGUCCGCCGCACACAGCCUGCCUCAAGCGCAGGCGCACACGCAGCCUCCAGCACAGGCUCAGGACGACAAAGUGAAAGAAUACGAAGCCAGGAUACAACAACUAGAUGCGCAGCUCGCUGGCGCUAUGGAGGCGCUGAGGGCGGCGCGGGAGGGGGAGACUCGCGCCAUGGUGGAGCUGGACAAGCUGAGGAAGGACCAAGAUGAUUUACUCGAGCUGUUAGCUGAUCAGGACAUAAAAAUCAACGAGUUCAAGAUGCGCCUCCUGUCCCUCGGGCACCCAGUAGAGGAGGAGGCAGCCCCGGGGGCGGAGCCCCCGCAGCCCGCCUAGUGCGUCCGUCCGCGCGCGUGGGACUGCCACUGCCUCGAGCUGUGAGCCUGUGACGCUGCCACCCCCGCUGGGAGUAAGCAGCGCUAAGCACUCAAUGGUGCCGACGCUGGCAACAGAAACUUAUUUUUUUAUUCUAGUUAAUGUUAACAGUUCUAAAACUAGCUCUGUCUCUGUCUUACACUCGUUGUAAAGGAAGGACAGCACUAUUUUUAGUGCUAUCAAACUAAAAUAAAAUGAAGUUGUGUUCUAUAGAAUCGGCACCAUAAUCGUGUUAACUUUGUCUCUAUCAUAAUCAAAAUCGUAGGAAUUUUGAUUAGUUGAAAAUGAUAACUUCUGUCAAUAUAUCGAAAUAGCCUUCGAACAUGUAUGUACAUUUAAUAUUGGUCUAACAGAAAGCUCGGUGUGGUGUACGUAUGUAGUUCAUCCUGCAGAAUCAGAAUCAUUUAUUCAACGUAAUUAUCAUGGAUAAACUUGUUGAAGGUCAAUGUAACAUUUUUGAAUUUACGUCAUUUCGCAAGGUGUUAUGGCUGAGGAGAAGAAAUGACAAGAAACUGCAACAGCAGCACAUCUUUUAAAUCAAUGAGGGCACAUUACAAGUUAUUUAAUAACUAGAGGAACACAUUCAAUACCAGACAUUUUUAUCAUUUAGGUAAUCAUUAAUCUUAUAAUGGGCUUUUUUACAUAAAGUAAGCUUCACGUGAGCUUUAAAUUUGUUCUCUGACAAAUUUAAAAUAUUAUCUGGUAUUUUAUUGUAAAAACGUAUACAUAACCCCAAAAAAGAUGAAUUUAAUUUACUUAAUUUACUGCGGUGGAUGUACCUCUGACUACCUAAUUGGCAUAUAGUCGUGAGCUUAUGUUAUGAACUUAUGAUGUUAUGUAUAUCGUUAAAUGCAAUGUUGCCACCUAAAUAACCCCUUCUUUAUUUCAGUUGGUUAAAAUGAUACCCUCAAACAGGGGCGCUAUAACAGCGAUGCGCCUCGUUUCGUUGGUAUUCGAGCGCCGCGUGGUCAUUGUUGUCACUAUCUUCUACUAUCUACUCAGCCAGUGGUGCUAAUUCCUGUAAAUACCAUCUAAUUUUAUUUUAGGUUAUAUCUGUCAUUUUCUUAUCCGCCGAAAAGGAAAGGGACGGGUAAUCGACAAGCAUAAAAUUUAUGGAACACACGUCAAUUUUAAGCACAAAUCUAAAACAACCGUCUAAAAAUUCGCCCGGGUUAUUCAUUUAUUUACUCAUUCUUCCUAAAAUUAAGAGCUGUCAAUCAUCCGUCCCUUUCCUUUUCGGCGGAUAAGAAAAUGACAGGUAUAACUUAAAGUAAAAUUAAGAGAUGUCUGCAGGAAUCGGGGCCAUUAUCCACCCACUGCUGGGUAUAGGUGUGGGGUCUUAUUUUAUUUACGUGCUUUGUUAAGUUCUACUAGGAAGGCGCUAUGACCCGCACUUCAAUAUAUCAUCUGACUAUAAAUAAUUAUCAGGAGGAUCACGAAAGUAAAAUAACUAUAUAAAGUUGCUGAAAUUAUAUUAUUCACUUAAAAGGACUAACAAUUACAAUUUUGAAGAAACAUUAGAUACACCGAAAAUAUUACACGGUAAUUAAGGUCGGGCAUAGUAGCUAGCCCGGUGACGGAACGGGAGAGACUGGCUAGCCGCGGGGCCACGCAGGCGCUGCUACCAUAAAUGCUGACAUAACAAAAAUGUAUUAAAUGUGUCGCUACAUAGGCCUUCUCUCUUUCCUUCCUUUCCGCAUCGUAAUCUCAGUUAUAGGUUUAUUUUAUGUUGGCAACAGUGCAUCUACCAAUAUACCUACACGGUCGAAGGUUAUAAGAGCGUUAUUACAUCUUUCAAACACCAACAAAAUUUGAGCCGACGAAGUUGAGAAAAAUCGUAUUUGUGUAUACUUAUACAGGUUGUUAGUGACAUCGUAAUGAAUACUAAGAGGGAUGUUUCAGACCAUGAUUCUGAGAUGAUCCACAUGAUCAAGUGGAAUUUUUCGUCGCAAAAAGUAUGGAAGUGAAAAUAAUAAAAAAAGAAAAAAUUUUUCAUUAAUUAUCCUACCGGAAAUUGCGCCGGAAAAUUCCACUUGAUAUCAACUCAGAAUCAUGGUCUGAAUCAUCCCUCUAAAGUUUUCGUUAUGAUGUCACUAACACCCUGUAUAUAUAUAUAUAUAUUACUGUCAGUCACGUCAGGGGCCUUUGGCGGCUCAAUACUAACCCUGACACUGACAGGGUUGAUGGGGUUGGUCCACCUCACAACCCACACGAUAGAAGACUGUACUGUGAUCUGAAUUUAAAGGAAAUAUUCUGUCUGCCGAAAACCAUGGUUUUUUGUCAGUAUUCUCACAAACAGCAUAUAUGUUCCUACAAAUAAUGAUCACAGUACAGUGAUAAUAAGAUGGAGUUUUGUUUGAAUCCUAAGUCAUGAUUGAACAAUGAUUGCUGGAUGUAAUAUCGCUCUAAGAUAUAGAAGUUUAAUAUUUAUAUAAAUAUAAAGUCUAUUUUGGAAACUUGUGCUUCUAAAGGGACUGAAUGUAUGAACUGUCUAUAGUUAGAAGUAUAAUGUACCUUGCUACAGUAAAAAUCACGAGAUAAGUCCAUUUUGACGUUUCCUUAACGUCAUAGGCAUAAGGUUCAAUUUCCCAAAAUGGUUUCCGUUUAUACGACCCUGACAGCUGUCAAAAGUGUACUUUUCGCGUGAUUUUGACUUUAGAAUGAAUAUUACCAUUGAAUAGAUUUGUCGACUAGAAUUUUUAUAUAGAAAUCGAUAUAAAAAGUUUAAUAUAUUUGCUUCAAAAAUAUGACGUUUUUCACUUUUUUAAAGUGUUAUUUGUUUGUGAAAGAUUAUUGAUUCGAAUAAGUAUUUUAGUGUGCUAUGUAAUAAAACUUCUUUUUUUCUCAAGCAAACGACAACAGAAUUCUUAUUAUAGAGAGCCCCGGGAGCAUAGCCGGUGGCACCGAAAUAUGCACAAAAUGAGCAUAUUAUGAGGCAACGAUCGCAUUAUAAAACUAUCCACGUCAUUCAUUGCUUCUUUGGUAUGACGCAACAACAACUAGCGCUUGUGUUACUACGCAAUGAACGGUGUGUAAUUCGAUGUAGCGGUCUAGCCAGUAAUGUCUUGGUGCGGGCGUCACACGCCGACAAGACAAGGGACGUGCGUACUCGUGUAAUUCAGUGCUAAGGGUAUGUCGCCGUUGAUCUGUGCAAAGGACCUUUACAAGGUACGACAUAAGAGUGGCCGCAGCAAUAUCCCAAUAGGACUUAAGCCGUGUUUUCAUACGCAAUCGUCUGAUGGGAAACGUGCGGGGCGCGCAGGAACAACCUUAAAAUGUCGAGAACUAUGGCUACCUCGUACACUGAGUAGGAGGUUACUGGAGAGCCCUCAGCGCUCACCGUUUGUCCAGCCAAAUAAUGCUAUCUGAGGCAAACAAAAUAAAACUGGUUACGAGUUGUUCGUCAUGGACCAAUGUAAUAGAAAACAAUAGGCUAGUUUCCAACUAGUCAAAUCAGUUGCUUUUUACUAAACGUCAUAACAUACAUAAACUGCCUAUAUAUGUCCCACUGCUGGGCACAGGCCUCCCCUCAAUCAACCGGAGGGGGUAUGGAGCAUACUCCACCACGCUGCUCCAUUGCGGGUUGGUGGAGGUGUUUUUACGGCUAAUAGCCGGGACCAACGGCUUAACGUACCUUCCGAAGCACGGAAUCAUCUUACUUUUCCGGACAAUCAGGUGAUUCAAGCCUGAAAAGUCCUUACCAAACAAAGGACAGUCUCACAAAGUGAUUUCGACAAUGUCCCCAUCGGGAAUCGAACCCGGACCUCCAGAUCUUGAGCCUAACGCUCUAACCACUAGACCACGGAGGCUGUGAAAUUACCAUGGAAUUGUAUGAAAAAGCAACCUGUGACGUCACAGAAAAAUGUGACAAUGUCGCACUUCUUAUUACAUUUUUGUUUAUUAAACUUUUCAUAGUUUAUAUUUGUCCUAAGAAAUUACCCGGCUACGUAUAGAAAGGACACUCCCUCCGCACCCACACUUACAUCGAGCUUGAUAUACCUCAUACCCGUUAAAGAGUAAGGGAGCACGCGCGCACUGUCUGUCUCGCUCGUACACACGUGGUAAGAUGUAUACAGGGUGUUAGUGACAUCUUAACGAAAACUUUGACGGACGAUUCUGAGUUGAUACCAAGUGGAAUUUUCCGUCGGAAAAGUAUGGUACUGAAAAUAAUUUAAAAAAUCACUCAAAUUUUCAUGAAUGAAUAGAAGAAAUUUCACUUCAUAUCAACUCAGAAUCACGGUCUGAAUCAUCCUCCUCAGAAUUCACUACGAUGUCACUAACAUCCAUACGUACUCGUAUGGCUGCCUUUACGUACUUGUACGGGUGUAAAUGACACCGUAACGAAUACUAAAUAAAGGGGAUAUGAAGUGGAAAAUCCCACUUGAUAUUAACUCAGAAUAAUAAGCCGAAUCAUCCCCCUCAGUAUUCGUUAUGAUGUCACUAACACCCUGUAUACUACUGUAUAUUACUAAUGAAAGUAAUGAACAAGUUAUAAAGUUGAACUUGUAAAUUAUUGUAAUGUUUUAAUAGUAACAGUUGGCUCGACCAUUAUAGACGGCGAUACGGCUCACCACGUUGGUCUAACAAAAAGCUCGGUGAGGUGUGGGUACUUAGUUCAUCUUGCGAUGGAUGUACCUCUGACUACUCCAAUUGGGAUAUAGUCGUGAGUAAGCUUAUGAUGAUGUUAUAUUAUGAUGUAAUAGUCAAUAUUAAAGAAGUUACUAAAAUAAACGUGAAUUAUGCAAUGAU